AUGACCUAUCUCUUGGUAUAUGUAGACGACAUGCUGCUGGUAACUCCAAACGAAGAGAUUUACAACGAUGUCAUCCGGAGAUUGGGUUCAGAGUUCGUGCUAACGGAGCUAGGUGACGUGAAACACUUCCUUGGAAUUCAAGUGAUCCAGACGGAGCAUGGCUACAACUUGUGCCAGAAGUCGUACAUCGAGAAGCUUGCUGUUCGUUUUGGACUAGCGGAUGCGAAAGGAUCAAAAAUACCAAUGGACCCCGGAUAUAUACAGCAAAAGGAGGACUCGGAGAGGCUUCCCACUAAUGACAAAUAUCAAAGCCUCAUUGGUGGUUUACUGUAUUUGGCUGUGAAUACCAGACCGGAUAUAGCGAUAAGUGCGUCAAUCCUUGGAAGGAGCGUCAGCCAACCGGUUGAGCAAGACUGGACUGAAGCUAAAAGAGUGUUGAGGUACUUAAAGGCUACAAUCAACCAUCAACUUAGGUUGGGAAAUGGUACUCAAACUCUUGAAGCCUACGCAGAUGCUGACUGGGCUGGCAACGUCAAGGAUCGGAAAUCGAACUCCGGAUAUCUCUUCCGGCUAGGCGGCGGUACGAUCGCAUGGUGUGCAAGGAAACAGACGUGUGUCGCACUGUCCUCAAUAGAAGCGGAAUAUAUUUCUCUUGCCGAAUGCUGUCAAGAACUGAUCUGGUUUAGGAAGCUCUUACAAGACUUCGGAGAUGCUGUGAAGACCCCAAUUCAGAUCUAUGAAGAUAAUCAAAGCUGCAUCAAGAUGUUGACCAGCAACGGAGAAAAACGAUCAAAACAUAUUGACGAAGUUUCAUUUUGUAAAGAAUUUGGCUGA